AGAGAGAGAGAGAGAGAGAGGUUGAACUUUUGAAUAGAAAAGAGCCUUUGGACUUGCCGAGUCUCUCGUGAGGCAUCACAAGGAUCAAGCCCUGAAUAUUAACCAACUCUCUCUCUCUCUCUCCUUGCUUUCUUUCUUCCUCGCUUCUUUCUUUGUAAAACUCGGAACCUUUUAACUGAACUUUGAUCAGCCCCACUGCUUCCAUCUCCACUUCGCCUUCUUCCUCUCUGCCCUCCCCGACGGUCGGCUUCUUCUUCUUCUUCUUCUCCUCCGCCUUCGCCUGUUCCGUCCCUCUCGCCUGCGUCUCCAUCUCCUCUUCUUCUCCGGCCAGCAGCCGCCGUCCGUCGGCUCGCCCUCUCUUCCUCUCGUCCGACCGUCCCUUCUCUCUUCUCCGGCCAACUUUCCGCCGUCCAGCGCCGACUCCUAGUCGAGCGUUCUCUUCGCCGACUUCCUCCACUUCGCCUCCCUGCCCGAGACGAUUUCGUCUCCUUUGCUUCCGCUAACCCUUACUGCCUCCUCUGUAAUAAAGCUAUUAUUGUAACGCUGAGAUUCCAAAUCCUCUGGCCUUGGCAUUUCCACAUUCUGAGGUUCCAAAUCCUCUGGCCUUCAGAUUGGAUGGCAAUGGAUUCUUGCUGUGCUUCCAUGAAAUCCAAUGUGCAUCCAAUGCAAGCUAGCAGAAGGGAUUCCAGCUUCUUGGGAGAAAAAGUAAGGGGUGGUCUGAAGACCAAAGUUUUGGGAAAUCGGUUAUGGAAAAGCCUGCGGGCUGAAAUCAAAGUUGCAAAGGCUAAACCUGGAGUACUUUUCUCUGUUCUUACAUCAGAUAUUGAUGAAGAGAUUAUGACAUUUGAGGCACCUGAAUUUGAUUAUCCAAAGAUAGAGCCAAAGAAUGUGGCAGCCAUCAUAUUGGGUGGAGGUGCCGGGACUCGUCUUUUUCCACUUACUAGCAAAAGAGCUAAGCCAGCUGUUCCAAUUGGAGGUUGUUACAGGCUAAUUGAUGUGCCUAUGAGUAAUUGCAUCAACAGUGGCAUACGAAAGAUUUUCAUCCUCACUCAGUUCAAUUCCUUUUCCCUCAAUCGACACCUUGCUCGCACUUAUAACUUUGGGAAUGGCAUAACUUUUGGGGAUGGUUUUGUUGAGGUUUUGGCUGCCACUCAAACACCAGGAGAGGCAGGAAAGAGGUGGUUCCAGGGAACUGCUGAUGCUGUGCGACAAUUCAUAUGGGUAUUUGAGGAUGCCAAGAACAAGAACGUGGAGAAUAUAUUGAUAUUGUCCGGUGAUCAUCUAUAUAGGAUGGAUUAUAUGGAUUUUGUGCAGAAGCAUAUUGACACGCAUGCUGAUAUCACAGUUUCAUGUGUCCCGAUGGAUGAUAGCCGAGCUUCAGAUUAUGGAUUGAUGAAAAUUGACAAGACAGGGCGUAUAAUCCAAUUCUCUGAGAAACCAAAGGGCCCUGCACUGAAGCAAAUGCAAGUUGACACCUCUAUUCUUGGACUUUCCGAGCAAGAUGCUGCACAAUAUCCCUACAUUGCAUCUAUGGGUGUGUACGUAUUUAGAACCGAUGUCCUAUUAAAGCUUCUGCGAUGGAGCUACCCUUCAUGCAAUUGCUUUGGCUCUGAAAUCAUUCCUUCUGCUGUCUCCGAUCAUAAUGUCCAGGCAUAUCUAUUCAAUGACUAUUGGGAGGACAUCGGGACAAUAAAGUCAUUCUUUGAUGCUAACUUGGCCCUCACUGAACAGCCUCCAAAGUUCGACUUUAAUGACCCAAAGACGCCUUUCUUCACGUCUCCUAGAUUCUUGCCACCAACCAAAAUGGAAAACUGCAAGAUCGUUGAUGCCAUUAUCUCACAUGGAUGCUUCUUGAACAAAUGUAGCAUCCAACACUCAAUUGUGGGUGUUCGUUCACGCUUGGAGAGUGGUGUGGAGCUUGUGGAUACUAUGAUGAUGGGUGCAGACUACUAUCAAACUGAAUCUGAAAUUGCAUCUCUGCUAGCCGAGGGAAAGGUUCCCAUCGGUGUUGGACGGAAUACCAAGAUUAGAAAUUGCAUAAUUGACAAGAAUGCCAAGAUAGGAAGAGAUGUGAUCAUUGCAAAUAAAGAUGGUGUUGAAGAAGCAGAGAGACUGAAAGAAGGUUUCUACAUUCGAUCCGGGAUCACAGUAGUACUGAAGAAUGCAGCUAUCAAAGAUGGAACGAUUAUAUGAAACCUCAUUCCGACCUCUCAGUCUAGUUGAGACCAGAAGGACUGGCUUACCCUCUCUUCUACACUUGACGAUUGCAGGUUUGUACCCAGAGAUCAUGGAAACGACCUUACGGGGUUGGCUUACUUCUUGGUGGGUUGGAUGAAUCUAGGGCUCACCUCUCUUAACUGUUUAGUUCUUUAUCUGCAUAAAAAUAAAUCCUCCUUUGAAGUGGGGAAAUUUCAUGUAAGCAAGUCCAAAAUUUUCUUCUUUUGAUAAUAAAGCUCAGCAAGUUAAAACAUUUCAUUGUCUUACUUGGUAAGAUGCUUG